AUGGGUGACAACGAUGAGAAUAAAGGACUGAAGCAGAAGUUAAGCUUCUCCCGUUGUGAAGAGGAGCAUGAGAACAGGGUGCAGAAGCAAGCCCAGGAGGGCGAGGAGACCCAGAGUCAAACCCCAGAGAGGCCUAGAGGUCAGGAUCCAGAGGCGAAGCUCACACCUCCCAGAACGCCCCUUAGUAACAAACGUGACCUCAGCGCAUUUCACGCAAGAGACCAAGCAAGUCCAGGCCAGGGUCUCGGGACUCCAGCAUCACACUCUCUCGCAUGCCCUGAAACACCACCAGCCCCACCAGACAAGAGCAGGCUGUCACACUGUGAGAGCCUCUUCACUCCCAAAGGUCAGGUGAGCCAGUCAAUGAUUUCUUCAACAGGGAAGCCUCUCCCCAGAAGCUCUAAGCAUCUGAAGCUCACACCCGGCCCGUUCAUCGAUGAGAUGACCUCACUGGCUCUGGUCAACAUUAAUCCCUUCACUCCGGAGUCCUAUAGAAAACAAUUCCUUAUAUCCAAUGGCAAGAGGAAAACCCGAGGCGAUCUUGAGCAAUCCAGUCCAGGAGAAGGCAAGGGAGAACAAGGGCUGCCUGCUAAGAGAUGUGUUUUAAGAGAAACCAACAUGGCUUCCCGCUAUGAAAAAGAAUUCUUGGAGGUAGAAAAAAUUGGUGUUGGAGACUUUGGUACAGUCUACAAGUGCAUUAAGAGGCUGGAUGGAUGUGUUUAUGCAAUAAAACGCUCCACGAAACCUUUGGGAGGAUUAUCAGAUGAGAAUCUGGCUAUGCAUGAAGUUUAUGCCCAUGCAGUGCUGGGACACCACCCCCAUGUGGUUCGUUACUACUCUGCGUGGGCAGAAGACGACUACAUGAUCAUUCAAAAUGAAUACUGCAAUGGUGGGAGCUUGCAGGCUGCAAUAACUGAAAACGCAAAGUCUGGCAAUCAUUUCCCAGAGCCCAGACUCAAGGACAUCCUUCUGCAGAUUUCCCUCGGGCUCAGAUACAUCCACAGCUCCGGCAUGGUGCACCUGGACAUGAAGCCCAGUAACAUCUUCAUUUGUCAUAAGAUGCAAAGUGACUCUCCUGUGGUCCUGGAAGAGGUUGAAAAUGAAGCUGAUUGGUUUCUCUCUGCCGAUGUGAUGUAUAAAAUUGGUGACUUGGGUCAUGUAGCAUCAAUAAGCAAUCCCAAAGUGGAAGAGGGGGACAGUCGCUUCCUGGCUAAUGAGAUUUUGCAAGAGAAUUAUCAGCACCUCCCCAAAGCAGACAUAUUUGCCUUGGGGUUGACCAUCGCAGUGGCUGCGGGAGCAGAGUCGUUGCCCGCCAACGGCACCAAGUGGCAUCACAUUCGUGAGGGGAACCUUCCAGAUCUUCCUCAGGAGCUCUCCAAGGAAUUCCACCAACUACUCAAGAGCAUGAUCCACCCUGAUCCAGCAGAGAGACCAUCUGCAGCAGCUCUGGCCAAGAGUCGAGUCCUCUGUCCCUCCCUGGGGAAAACAGAAGAGCUUCAGCACCAGUUGAACUUGGAAAAGUUCAAGACAGCCACGCUGGAAAGGGAACUGAAAGAAGCCCAGCAGGCCCAGUCCCCCAAGGAUGGCCACAGUGUCCCCGGGGUCUCUGAGACCCCCACCGGGUCAAGUAGCACCAAACGUCUGGUAGGAGGAAAGAGUGCCAAGUCUUGA